CUAUAAGGGAAUUGGGUCCACAACUAGACUAAGUCCAAGUCCAACACGCCAAUAACAGAAACCAAAUUACAGUCAAUCCACCCUCCCCUCGUGAACCUUAAGUCCUUAACCAUAACCAAACAACCAACAAAGAAAACCAAACCCCACACCCACUAACUUAACGUAACCCACCUUCUCUCUCUCUCUCUCUCUCUCUCUCCCUAAUGGCCUCCGAGCAACACGACGCCGUUUUCCCCGAAGAAGACCAAGACCUCGAUGAUGACGAGGAAUCUUCCGACGAAGAUGAACUCGAGGAAAACGACGAUGUUCUGGUUGACGAAGAAGAAGAUGAUGAGGAAGACCUCAAUUCCGCUUCCGUCGUCUCUUCUGUUACUCCUUCUUCUUCCAUAACUGUCGCCUUCCCCUCCGCUUCUGCUAUCACCGUCCCUCCUGCCUCUGUCGUCUCCGUCGCUCUCCCUCCCGACGAUCCCGAUCCCAAACGCCAACGUGUUACCGAAACCGUCGUGGUUCAGGAGGAGGAGAAGAAACCGGUUGUGCCGUUGCCGUUGCCUUUGCCUUUGCCUUUGCCUUUGGCGUUGCCGCAGCAGCUGGAUGAAUCUAGACGCCUGUUUCAACGGCUGUGGACGGACGAGGACGAGAUCGAGCUGUUGCAAGGGUUUCUUGAUUAUACUUCACAGCGUGGCAGCGCGCAUCAUCAUGAUACGGCGUUGUUUUACGAUCAGAUUAAGUCAAAGCUCCAGCUUGACUUUAACAAGAAUCAAUUGGUCGAGAAGCUGAGAAGAUUGAAGAAGAAGUAUAGAAAUGUUAUGAGCAAGAUCAGCUCAGGUAAGGAUUUUACUUUUAAAACGGCUCAUGAUCAAGCUACGUUUGAAAUUUCUCGCAAGAUCUGGAGCACCACUAAUGUUAGUGUUUUAGACGAUGAAGAUGCGAAUGCCAACCACAAUAAUAAUGUUCAUUUUAGUAAUGAAUUUAAGGGAAAUAGUACUGCUGUUGUUAGUAGUAAUAAUCAUGAAGAGAAGAAUACGCCCAAGUCUAGAAAGCGGUCAAGGGCCAAGUCUGGAGCUAAUGAGAAUGUUGUUGUGAUGAAUAAUAGUGAGAAUGUUAAUGUGAAUAGUGGUCUUGGUGGUGGUGGUGGUGGUAAUAAUAAUGGGAUUGCGGGGGUGGUGGAGGAGACGGUUAGGAGUUGUUUGUCGCCCUUGUUUAAGGAGUUGUUGAGUAAUGUGAUGGGAGGAGUGGGGGGAAGAGGGAUUGGGGGUUUGGCUAUGAAUGCUGUGAUGCCUUUGGGGUUUGGUGGGAAGGGGAUGGGGUUCGGUGGAAGUUCAGGAGCUGAAGUGGUGGAUGAGAGGUGGAGGAAGCAACAGAUUUUGGAGUUGGAGGUGUAUUCUAAGCGGUUGGAGUUAGUGCAGGAUCAGAUCAGGAUGGCGUUGGAGGAGUUGCGGUCAACGGGAGGGUGAUUUGUGAUUGGAAGUGGUUUCAGGUUCUUGGAUUUGUUUCAUAAAAGAUUUGUCGAUAGCUUGUUUUGAUCAAUGGUUGUUUGAUAGUGUAGGGAGUAGCUGUAUUUUGAGUUUAAUAUUCAUUUUGGCUUUUUUUUUUUCCCUUUUUUUUAAAUUAACAGAUAUUAAAUAAUGAUUUACGUUGAUGUCUUUGUUGACUUCUUCGUGUUCCUUUGAUAGGUGUAUAUAAUGGUUUUAUUCAUACAUAGAUUGGAAUGACUAUCUUUGAUAAAAGAUAUAGCCAUUAUAUAUAAUACAUAUAUUUCUCUUAUUUCACA